AUGAAAAAUCUUGAAACGUAUUUAUUGUUGAUUUUGACAACCAUUUUGUACGGCCAUCAUUUUUGGAGCGACAAAUUUCUCAUCCCUUUCCUGAAUUGGGGCCCGAACAAUCAACUCCGGGGCCUACAAGAGUCCCUUAUUCUUGCGAUAAAGCUCAAUCGAACACUUUGUGUCCCUUUUUUCUUCAAACAUUUCACGGACUUGAGUUUGUCGGAUGGAGAGGAGCACCUGGUGAUUCCGAGAUUCAGAAUUGAUGUUCGAAAGAUUCAUGAAUUGAUCACGACUUGUGACGUCCACGAAAUCGCCGGCAACUGUGGUGGGAAAGUUGAUUCCCUGUUGAUUGGGAGGGACAUUUGCUCUGGCGACAUUUGGAGGACGACUGAGGAGACAAGGAAGAGACUUGGGCUGGAAGCAUUCAUGGAGGAGGAGAGCUGCAGAGGAGUUAAGGGCCUCCCGACGUAUCCAGAGGAGAAGAAGAUUGUCCGAACCUUGUCGAGUGACAAAAAAUGGCUCGAGGAGUACUACCCUGGGGACGAAAGAUGCGCAGUGAUUGCCUAUCCUUACACUCUCUUCCCAAACUUCCACGGCCAAAUCGAACGAUUUUUAAGAAACAGAAAAGGUGCACAAGGCGAGAUCUCGGACUUCGACGCUGAAAUUUUCUCCGACGUCAUCAAUUACGUCGCUCGGCCGCAAUUUAUGAGAGCGCUGGUAGACGACUUCGUAAAAGAAAAGCUCUUCGAAGGAAGAUUUAUCGCCCUUCAUUACCGAUUUGAUGAUGUGGACUAUUUGUCAAGAUGCAGCACCGAAGACCCGUAUAAGAUUUGCGACGAUUUGAUGAAGAUGAAGGGGAAUAUGACCGAAUCGGCGGAGAUCUUCGUCAAUUAUCUUGAAAAGCUCAGAUCUGAGGACGUUCCCAUAAAAGCUGUUUACUUGGCUUCCCCACCACAAGAAGUCCAGAUCAAUUUCUCGAUCAAAGACGCGCUUCGUCGACGAUUUCCAAAUCAACAAGUCGUUUUUCUCGAUUCAAAAGACAUCGAGCCUUUCUACAAUCGACUAGCGAAUGUGCCAACUGGUCUGAAAGGAGAUGUCAUGUCUUCGAUUGAGCAAGAAGUCUGUCUAAGAGCUAGAGUAUUCUUGAGAGCGAGGCCGUCUUCUUGGUCGAGCAAUGUUCAUAUCCAACGUGUUGCUGAUCCUGAAACAAGGAAGUUUGUCAAAGAUGAUCGAUUAUUACUCGAUGUUCUCACUGGAAAAUCAACUUGA